UAUUGUAAUAAGAUUAAUUAAAUAUACAUCAUUGUCAGGUCAUCAUGCAAAUAAAAUUACUGUGUGUAAUAAUGUAUAUUAAAUUUUUAUUCCUGCUAUCAAUCGUUGCGCAUGCGAAAGGGAAAACUUCAACGUUUAAAAUUCAACCAAUCAGAAUCAAUCCAUUAAAAAUAGCAAUAUUUAAAAUACAGUCAAAUGCAAAUUUAUUGAGAAAAUCAUUUGCAAAACGUAGAGAAGAAUAUGCAGAAGUUAUUAAAAGUAUACAUAUGGAGGAUAAGCAUGAUCGUAAAUUAAUAAUAAUCAUAGAAUUAAUUGAACAUAUAGUAGAUUCUAUUCAAGAUAGUUCAACAAUAAUAGAUAAUGCCAGAUCUAAUCUUAACAAUGGAACUUUUCCAAAAAGUGAUAGUAUUAUAGAGGCCUUGUUUGUGAUAUUGGAGAAUGUAGCUUUUUUUGGAGAUAUUGUUCUUCAUUUCCCAGAUAUGGUUCCUAAAAUUUUAAGGCUUGAAAAAAAAUGGAGAGAAAUACUAAUGUUAUCUGCACAAUAUACUGAUUCAAUUCAACAUUUUGUGGACGAAUCUACUAGUGCUGUAAUUUCUUUAGCUAAACAAGAACUUAAUAGCUUAAAACAAAAAUCUGGAUCUACAAAUUAUGUAAAAAGUAAGAAAAAUUAUGAAAAAAAUUUGUCCAAUGAAAAAAAAUUAAAGGGAUCCACAAAACGCAUAAAAUUAGAAUUAUAAACACUUUUGUGAUAGUUUCAAUAAAAUAGGAUAUAUUUAAAAAUAUUUUUUAAUUUAAAUAAAUUACUUAAAAAGAUU